GGAAAAAUGGAGUGCGCCGGCAAGGGACGUGGAACUCGUUGCACCGGUUCGGCCACCCGACGGUGUGGUCGCUGCGGAGUUGUUGCUUACUGUUCAGUCGAUCACCAGCUUGGUCGAAGCUAUUCCUUGUUUCAAGCUAUCAUCCUGUUUGAAAAUUGGCCAUAGGUUAAACAUUGGAAUGAUCAUAAAGAUGAAUGCAAAAGGUUUGAACUACAAAUGGAGAGAAUUGAUGCCUUGAAUGAGUUCCCUUUCACAUUUUCUGAGGAGGCUACUGUUCAGUUGUGUCAAAAACAGGAGAGUAGAUGCUCAUUCUUGAGCAAAAGGGCAAUCCACAAAAUUGGAAUGUGGUUUUACGAGUGUCCUUGUGGGGAAGCUGCUACAUCUUAUAAUUUCUCAAGAUUAAAUGAUGGCUGGGUUCUACCUAGAUUCCAUUGUCCAUGUAGUGAACCGCUUUCUCCAAUAACAAAACGCUUACACAGUUGGAAGGACUAUUAUGAUUGGAGAUGCAUCCCCCUUCACUCUCCUGCUGCUUUGCUUCUUCAUUGGCCACUUACUAUAAGUUAUGCUGUCCAAGUUACUGGUUUGGAGCCCUUGACUCCUGAAUUUGGCAACACGUUAUGCAUACAUUAUCUAGGGCCUGAGAAGGAGCUUCUACAGCUCUCUGUUUUUGCUGAGCUACUUGCACUUUUCCCUGGGGUGGCAUUACAAAUAGAGUUUGUUGGGCCUAGUAUCCCCGAAGAAAUGAAUGGUAAGACCAUUCACCUUUGCAGUUUUGCUAAGUGCCUUCAGAUGGAUUGUGUUUGCAAAUCUUCAUGCAAAGAUGUUGACAGGAAUGUAUGUUCUAAUAAAUAUCCACGGUUAGCGUUGAAGCUUAGAACAGGGUUUUACCAUGAUUGUUACAAAGACAUUACCAAAGAUUGUUAUCCUCACUUAAUCAUUGCUCCAAAUGCUGGGAUCGCUGCUUAUUCCAGUUGGCUUCCUACCAUUGAAUUCAUUAAGGAAAUAAAAGUCCCCGCAAUCUUUUCUGAUUUCUGUGAAGAAGCUUGCCAUCUCGGAGCUUCUUGUUUGAGCAGUGUGAUAGGCCGCCCCAUUACUUUCCCGAUUCAAUUAAACCCAUUCCGGCAACCAAUAGCCAUGGAAGACACUGCCCUGUUUCUUCCUUGUUAUUCAAAUUGCUUCCUCUAUGGAUUCUAAAACUUGUUUAAACUCAGUUUCAUGCUUCUUACGGUAGAGGAUUGAUUAGGGUUUAGUCAAGUGGUUGCUUUUUUUUUAUUAAGAGAAGAGGAUAUAUUAAGUUUGCCUUCAUUGAUCUUAUAUCUUAAGAUUUUGCCGCCUUAGGCAUAUGAGCAACCACGUGCUCUAUGAUUGAAGGUAGUUGCUUACAGACUUGGUCCAUUUAUUUUUUUUUAGUACAAGAAUUGAACUUCUAACUUAACUUUGACUUGAUAAGUAUGUCUCUAGAGUUUUGUAUCAUUACAUUCACUUAUAUAUAUAUUGAUAACAUAGUAGUAUAUAA